AUGGCUGCAACAUCGCCGAAGAGGUGGCCGCCAACUCCGGUGUUAAAGUCAGGGACAUCAACUUUAAGGCCCUGCUGGGCAAGGAGGAGAACCCCAACAUUACGGUUGCGUCCGAGGCCGCACAGACAGCAGAUGACAGCAGUUAUGAAGAGUCUUCUGGGGCAGGAGGAGGAAGACGAUCCGAAGUUGGUCCACGAUGCUGCCGAUAUGCUUGGCUCGAGCAAGGCCGGUGAGGAGCUCGGCGCUGCUGGCAACGCCUUUCAUGAUGAGUGGGAGGAGGAGGAGAUCUUGUACUUACGCAAGCGUGUCGAAGAGCUGGAGAAGAAAUACCUGGAAGCAAAGAUGGAGGCAGAAAGAGCGGAGCUUCGAGCCCCAUGUCCUGAAGUCGACAAGCUGGGGAUCACACUCAAGGAUGUGUAUGAACUGGAGAAGGACGUGGUACGCAAACAGAAGGAGAUGGUUGUGAAUCAGGAGGCCAUGCACCAAGAGCUUGAACACUUGUCGGACCAGGCCAGCACUGGCUUCGGCGAGGGAGAUACGGCUGGUGCGCCUUCGAAUGAAAGCCUGAAGGCCAGCUUUGCUGGCUGCAAUAUGAUCCUGCUGCAGGAAGUGAUGAGCAACCAGAAGGCGAUGGUCCGGAAUCAAGAGGGCAUGAAAGAGGAACUGGAGAAGUUGUCGGAGGACACAAGUACAUCUUUGAAUCCAAGCCUCCAGGAAGUGAUCAGCAUGGAGAAGGAAGUGAUGAGCAACCAGAAGGCGAUGGUUCGGAAUCAAGAGGGCAUGAAAGAGGAACUGGAGAAGUUGUCGGAGGAGGCAGUUGAAACACACAGCCGAGAAAUGAAGUGGGAAGCAUGUGAUGUGCUCGACUGGCACAAGGAAGUGAUGAGAAACCAAGAGGCCAUGGUCAAAAAUCAAGACAGCAUGAAGGAGGAACUGGAGAAAUUGUCGGAGGAGACGAGAACCGGUGUAGCGGUUGAGUCGGGCGGCGAGGCGCCACAGCAAGCUUUCAAGGGCAAAGAGCUGGAGGAUGAGGAGGCGGAGGAGGUGUCCGUGCAGACGGAAAUCUCCGGGAAGUGCUUCCUUUCCGAGCCGGUUGCCGCGAAGUUCAUGCCCGUUUUCGAGGGCUGGUUGCUGCUCACGUCUUUGGCGAAGCGGCUCAAGUGGGAGGAGCUUGCCGGAGUCAUCGCAAAAUUCCGAAACAACGUGGGCAGCCCAACAGAUGAAACGCUGCUGCAUGCGGUCGCUGAUGUGGCUCCAGACAUGGCCAAGCUGCAAAGCAACGAAGCUUUUGCCUGGACUUUCGGUGAUCACCUUCUGAAGGCCUCGGACGAGGUGAACUUUACCAACGCGCAGCUCCUCAAAGCAGAGUGCCCCAGCUGUCUAUGGUACAUCGACUUCAUUAAUUUGGGUCUGCCCAGUGCUCUUCUUCGUUCCGAAGGACAAGCACGUGAAAGGCUGGAGGAACUUGAAGGUGAUCUUUGCCAUGGCAUGCGCAAGUUUUUGGUUGAUGUGCAAGCAGCGACGGGGCUGAAUCGAGUGGUUCGCUAUUUCGGAUGCGGGAAGAACCGAGUCCGGACAGAGCCGCCAGUCCGAAAAGGUGUGUUGGAAAACUGCGAGCUCACAGAGGAUCCGGAGGUGCACGAUUUCAUGUACUCCAUGUGCGGCAAUGGUGACAUCAGCACCGGCAAGUGCAGGCUGCAGCAUGGUGGCAUCCAAUUCUUUUCCUAUCCAUGUUGGGCUGUGUUGACCGGAAAGACUGGCCCCGCAAAUCAGGAGAAGCAGGAAUGCAUAGCUAAAGAAGAGGGCCCUGCCGCAGAGCAAUGUGCGGAGCCGCAGGCGGUUGCUUUCAGAGGCCAGUUCAACCGGGGCAUGGCGGAUUAUAUUUAUGGCACGCCUCCACCUCUUACGCACUCCAGAAGCAGAGAAUGGAAGAAGCUCAAGGGCAAGAGGGGCAGCAUCGAUCUAGGUUGGGAUCCAGACGACAUGCUCUAUUCGCUUCCGCAAAAUCGAAAGCUUGAUCCCCCACUCUGGGAGAUGCUCCGCGAGGCCGAGGUGGGCGAAGGCAUGAUGAUGAUCAGCUAUGGCUAUUCUGGCGCUGGAAAGACCACUACACUGAUUGGCGAUGCGACGGCACCUGUUGGAGGUGGCCGUGGAAUCGACGGUGUGCUUUCACUCUACCUCAAAGAGAAUGCCAACAAAAUCGAUGAUGUUAAGGUGAAAAUCUUCGAGGUGUACGGACGCAUCAGCGCACAGGAUGGCUACAUGAAAGCCCAGACCGGGUCUGGUAUCUGGGGCUAUCGACUGCGGGAGAAGACUGCCGUGUACCUGGGACAAUCAACGGCCUUUGAAGAAGAAGCCCCCGAGGACGAGGACCAGCCUCGCUCGGGAAGCCUGAACCUCACAUUGCUAGAGGAGAAGCUGGACCCUUGUGCCCACAAAAGCAAAGAUGAAGCCUGUCAAGAUCCCUUCACCUACAGCAUCAAGGCAGAAAGCCCACCAUCAAUGGCUGGCACUAUUCCUUGGCAUGAAAAAGUCAAGGAGGUGCUCACUGUCAUCGAGGACAUCCGCCUGGACGAAGACCAGUUUAAGGCAGGUGGUGAGCCCAUUGCCCACAUCCGCGGCACGGUGAACAAUCCGAAGUCUUCUCGUGGAACGCUGUUCGUGCUGACCAACAUCGAGUUCAAAAACGGAAAGAUGGCACCAGUCUCCACGGUCGACUUGGCAGGCUCUGAAGACCCGGCUGUCAUGGUGUCCGGUUUUCUGCAAUUCAAGAACAACGAAAAUCCUCGAGGACAAGGCUUGUGCGAUCCCCGCAACGGCAAAAUGCCCAAAGAGUUGAUGGCCAAGUAUCUGGCAAGUCUGAGUAGCUGGGAUCUGAUGUCUGGACCUUUGUCUUGGUGCUACAAACUGAAAGACGUCCUUGUCGAGUGCGACCCCGUGAAGCCGGCACGUGGCUGUGUGAACAUCAUUCUGCCGAGUGGAAAGAAGGAGAUGGUUGUACCCAAACUGGACAAAAACGACAAAUGGCUUGAACAGGACGACCGAGGAGUGGACCUGGAUCCAUCCUUCAUGUUUCCAUCCAAAAAGGACGGUCUGAACAUUGCGCAAAAAAAGGGCGCCACCUUCAGCAGAGAAGAUAUUCUGGCAGCGUAUGAACAAGGACCAGUAGAGGGCCUUUCCCCGAAGCGUAUGGAGACAAAUCCGUUCAGGGACGACGACUUUGACAUGACCUGGGCAGAACGACUGUGGUCCAGGAACCAUAAAGGUGUUGGUGUGAUGGACUUCGUGCUUCUUGGAUCAAAAGUCAACAGCAAUUCGCAACUUGGCAAGCAGCGAGGCACUGUGUCAAGGUACACCGAGACGGCGAAGGGCCAGUAUAAGGGAAAAGUCGAUACCGAAAUCCCCAAGACAUUGACCCGAUGCACGGGCGGCCCGAAAGACCCCAACUAUGGGAAGUGGCAGGACAAAGACGACGUGAAGAACUGGAAAAAGGCGCGCAAAAUGUUCUUCGAAAAAAUGAAGGAAGUGAUUGGCUCGCAGGUCGCUCUGGACAACAACAACGAGUUCAUUCGACAUCUAACUUACUUCACAUCAGCUAUUGGGCCAAUCGUGGAAGAAGCUUUCUUCAUCAACGAAGCCUUGAACGACAUGAAAGGCUACCUUGGGUACUGGGCAAAGACAAGCCAGUUGUCGGCACCCGGCUCCAUAAUCAAUCUGUGGCCUCCGGAAGAACUGAAGGUGAAGGGCAAGGACAACCAAAUCGUUGAUUACUCCGAGGGCAGCAAGAUCAGCGAGACGGGCUAUGACAUCUUCAAGUUCCUAAAGCCGAAGGAUGCCGAAGAGAGCUACGCGGAACAGCUAUCACAUGGUCAGGAUGGCAUCAUGCUAGUGACGAUGCUGGAGUUCAUCCGACGGAUUUCUGUUCGAAGGGACAAGAACACGAAAGUGCUGGUUGGCGUUUUUGUCAGAUCUGACAUUCCUGGAGCUGACCUCGAUUGCGAUGGAGCGAAAGCUUCCCUCCAAUUUGCCCAAGAGCUUUCGGAUAUGGUCGGCUGGUUCGCGAUGCUGUCAGACGCAGAAGCAAAGUGGCUACUGUAUGCUGUGCUGCGGCUUAGUUCGUGGCCAAGGCCGAUGGACAGCAUCGAGGACCAGGCUGCCAUCUCGGGCGAUGAAGCGAAGUUCAUUCGAGAAGAGAACCGCAUGCUCAGGAGGCAAUUGGAGAAUCAUCCAGAGGUGCAGCGCAUGAUCGCAGAGAACUGGGCACUGCGCGGGAGCGAAGAACUGCGAGCGUUGGAUCCAGCAGGCGCUGGCAUCAUGUCGCAAUUUCGCACGAGGAUCCGGCUCUUGCUGCUGCGUGCGAGGAGCAAGACUUGGUUCUACUUCCAAAAGAUGGCGAAGGAAGUCGAGGAGCUCAUGCGGGCCAAGGACCGCGAGCCGCGAGAGCGAGCGGCUGCGAACGGCGGCGCAAGCCAGGCCGAGUUUCACGUGAAGUUCUGUGUGCUAUCCAAUGCACGACUGGGAAUGCACACCGCUUCUGCCGUGGGCUUGACGAUGCCGAAUCAGCAGUGCGAAUCACCGGCCGUGGCACAAGUCGUUGAGCUGGACAUUGCCACGCAAGAAGCCCUCAAGCAGGCUCAAGGACUCCUUCAGGGGCCCGGCUGCGCCCGGUUACCGGCGGUCACCGCGGCCGGUGCUGCAGGGCGGCGCGGUGCGAAGGAGGUGGAUGAUGGUCGCUCUCCAGAGCGAGGAAUCGGGCCUCCGGAGCAGGUUGGGACGGUUCCAUGUGACGACGAAGAGCGCUUUAAGCAGGCCGUGCAGCGAAUACAGCAACUGCAGGGCACCGUGGACUUGGUCAGUGCUGCCUACGGCGACGCCUUUGAUGAGUUCCAGCGCUUGAGAGAGGAGUACGAGAGCCGGCUCGAAGAGUGUCAGUUCUUUGAGUUGCAGUGCAGUCGUCUAAACCUCACCUGCCUCGAUCUGGCAGAAAGGCUUCAGCACGACAGGCCUGUGGCACUCGCAGAGUGCAGUGGAGAGACAGAAGCGAAGCUUCUCUAUGUCGUCCUUGCGAGACGCGACCUUCUGGCAGCAGAGGUUCGAGGUCAGGUGGAUGUGAUUGGACAUCCUGAGAUCGAAGUGAUCCUGUCGCUCCAGGAGCUUAGAGAACUGACCGGAGCAGACCCUUUGCCAGAGGAUUUGAGCGUGCUUCGGCUGCGGAUGUUGGCUUGCCCGAAGUUUCUGAAUAAGCAGGGAUUGAACCUCGUCUUGGGUAGACGAGGUCAGCGAGACGCCCGCGCAGUCAAGCGAGUCUCUUCACGGCUCAACUCCGUGGAUGCUCGCGCUUCAGCCGCACUUCAGACUGCACGGCCACCAUGUUCCAGUCUGUGCUGCGGCUUUGCACGGCUCUUCGAUGACAGGGAGACAUCGACUCAGGCUUACUCCGACUGUGACCAUCUCCCAACCAUGGUGACUGAAGCAGAUGAGGUGCUUGCAGGCAUCGACUUUGUACCAUCCAUGGAGGCGCCCCUCGAGAACCAGACUGAUCGACGCGCUCUGCGCCUUGAAGAGCAGCCCCCGUUGGCGGCGAAGCAACUGCAGGCCAACUAUGGCAUCGGCUAUGCGUUGCUUGUCAACAUGGGCUACUCGGGGGGAGGUCCAACACCUCUCUGUGGAGUGAAGCGCCUAGCUCGCGCUGGACUGCAAGAAGAUGAGGCCAUCGUCGUGGACGCUACCAUGAAGCGAGGAGUCAAGCGCAGGAUGGAGCAAUGGGCCAAGCUAGAGAGUCAGCGCCACGGCCAAGCAGAGUUUGAUGCAGAGGAGGGGCAGGAUGCCGAGAGCUUCGAGGACGAAGAGCUGUGUGGACUUGGGAAGGCGCUGGUCCGGGAGCUUCGAUCCACUCGUGAGAAGAAGCUGAGCAUUCCGCAGCUUGCGAAGAAGCCACGAGUCCUGAGGGUGCUCGAUCUGUGGCAAGUCGAAGCCGAUUUCGAACGCUUCCUGAAGCAGUUCGUUCGCGACGAGCUCCAAUCCAUAUGUGAACUGGUCCGAUCGUCAGGAAUUGCCAUCAAGAAGAUCACGAACAAGACGUCGCGGUUUGCGCGUGCCUGCGAGGAGGCAUGGGUGGUGCGCUUGAAGGGCCACAAGGCCAACUCGGAAGAGGUCGCCAUGCCUCGCGAAACCGGCCCGAGCCCGGCCGGCGUUGCCAUGACAGGAAUUGGUCCCUCAGCGGAGCCCGCAGACAGCCUCUAUCCAGAUGACUGGGGAGUUGACGUUGGCACAGGUUGGUUGUCACAGCCAGCUCCGGAAGCAGAGCCUACACCAGCGAUUUAUGGUCCUUUGCGACUUUGA